AAGUUCCCUUGCCCUAGGGGUAAUUAGUGUCCUUGGAGUUAAAUAAGCUAAUACUUAGACACCUCUGGCACAAGCAAUUAUGUUUGUGUAUUGAAUAAUUGAUUCAAAGAGGGGGGAAGGGCUGCUAAUCAGAUCUGAGCAUAAUGAAUUGAUUUAAUUAACAGGGGAAUCCUUGGGUCGCUGCGAAGAAGAGUGCGCGGCGCAUUUAUUGCGCAGAGCAGAGCAGAGCGGGGCGCGCACAGACGCGGACAAGAGAGAGGCAAAGCUCGGCACUUUGUCACAUUUGCAAUUGGAUUUGUUUGAAUGUAGUUGUCGUCUCGGAGCAAAUGAGAGCGAGAGGGGACGCGCGUUAACAUCCGGGAGAAAGAGCGAUCGUGUGCGCGUUUGAUCCGCCUCCAGUGCGCACCGCCGCGGCACAUUUAGUCCAGAUUUACACCGCCUUCUUUUUUAUUUCGCAUGGAAGUCGUUCAAAGCGGCUCCGGGCUCAUUUAUUCAAGUGCGGAGACCACGCCAGUCAGCAGAGUCCGCGCAGCGAUCCUAAUUGCCGUUCUUGUUUAGACCGUCAAGGCUUUUCGUCGUGCACAAGAACGACGUUCCCGCCGAGAAGCUCCUAGCGGACCGAGCCGCGCAGCCUGCUGGAGCCCAGGACGGAUCGGCCGGGGAAGGACUCCAGCUCGUUCCUCAGGACCAUGGUGCUGGACAAGGAGGAGGGUGUGCCGAUGCUCUCCGUCCAGCCCAAAGGGAAACAGAAGGGGUGUGCUGGCUGCAAUCGCAAGAUUAAAGACCGCUACCUGCUCAAGGCCCUGGACAAAUACUGGCAUGAGGACUGUCUCAAAUGUGCCUGCUGUGACUGCCGCCUUGGGGAGGUGGGCUCCACCCUUUACACGAAAGCCAACCUCAUCCUUUGUCGCAGGGACUACCUAAGGCUCUUUGGUACUACGGGAAACUGUGCAGCCUGCAGUAAACUGAUCCCAGCCUUUGAGAUGGUGAUGAGAGCCAGAGAUAAUGUUUACCAUUUGGACUGUUUUGCCUGUCAGCUUUGUAACCAGAGGUUUUGCGUGGGUGACAAGUUUUUCCUUAAAAACAACAUGAUUUUGUGUCAAAUGGACUAUGAGGAGGGUCAGCUGAACGGGAGCUUCGAGACCCAAGUCCAAUAGUGGGAAGUUUGUGUGGUGGCAGCACCAAUCAGCUCCACACGUUACACACACCUUCUGCUGCACUUGGAAAAAGACAAGCGUCUGUCUGCUUGCCUGCAAUACUUUUUAAGACCCCUUUAUUUGUUCGUAAGGACUUUGUUGUAAAUGUUCAACUUUUUGCCCCUCUCUCACCCCAACACUGAGCAGUUACAAACGUUGAUGUACAGUUGUGCCUGCUUAGCUGAGCACUAUAUCGCUUGUAUGUUUUGUGACAUUGGUUUCGGGUUUUGUUCUGUUUUCUUUUAGAAAAAGGUUCAUUGGAGGGUAUGUACAGUCUGUUUUCUCUGUAUAUAUAAACUGGAACAUUUAUUUUAUGAAAUGUAAUGCAAUUUUAUUACUAGUGUGAAUUAAAGAUUCUUAAAUGUUCAUAUAGUGAGGUUUUUUUUUUCAAAACCAAAGUUGUUGGAGAGGGAGCCCAUCAUUUGAUUGAAAUGUAAUCAUGUCUCCAAAACAGCAAUGCUGUCCAAGGCCUUGCGAGAGAAAAUAUAUUUGAAGUACUUCUUGGAAUCACCAUGCAACAAAACAUGUUUUGUUAAACUUUACUAAGCUCUGUCAGAAUUAGAUAAACUGUUGAAAAUAAACUAAUAUUUUAUUUGGAAUA